AGGUCAAGAUGUUCUUCGUUGCAACAAUGUCUCUGAGAUUGUCGCCGUCGAUCACCAGACCGGUUUACCUGCUAGAUGCAUGAGAUUCUGA